UAGUUUUAAACAUUACACACACAUUUAUAAAGUUUACUUGUUGCAUUUUUUGUUGCUGUGUUCCAAUUCUUUGUUAAAUACCGAGUUCUCGUUAUGCCGCGCAUUAAGCCAACCAAGAGAAUCGAUGUGCUGGGCAAUCUGGAUCUGCGGCCCGAGGAGGCAGUGGGCGACUAUGUGGAGUCGCGGCAGCAGCAAAAGUUCUUCGUCAAGCCGCCAGCUGCAGACUCCGCUGGCGACUCGAUUGAGCUGAUGUUCAUACACAAUACGCGUGAGCACGACUCGAUGCUGAAGCUGCAGCAGGAUAUGCUGGAGAACUCCAAGCGCCAGUCGGAAAUCAAUGCGUCGCGUGUCACUAGAAUGUACAAGGCGCAGGAGAAACUGCGCGAGCGCUUCAUUGAGGUGAAUAGUUUCAUCAAGGACUGUGCGGAGAAGAAGCGUCUGGCUGAGAAGGCAAUCAAUGUGGAGCGAGCGCUGCAUGAGGAGCUGAGCGAGGACAUUGAGAAGUUCAAGACCAGCAUAAGCGAGCUGACAACGUUUCGAGAGGCGCUCAAGGCAACUGUCGAAGAGCUGCAGCCCUAUGAGCAGGUGCUCGAGGAUGUUGUCAAAAUAAGCGACAUCUUUGUCUCGCCCAAGGACUGCAUGGAUCGCUGCGAUGCAUUGAUGCUAGCUCAGGUGGAAAUAAGCGAGCUGGAGAAUCAGAAGCUGCAGGAGAUUGAGCAAAUGCGCCAGCAAAUGGUGAAAUUCACAAAUGAAGCAGCGCUGACAGUGCUGGGACUGAAGAACGAUCUGGCCAAGCUGGAACGCUCCUAUAACGAGUCUCGCGCGCUGGUGCACAAAUGGGAGCGUAUUCUAAAGACUGCCAAGCAAACUAUAGCAGCGCACUUUAUGGAAAAGGAAUGCAAUCUAAAUGCAGUCGAUGCGCUUUAUCGUUUGCUCUGCAAGCGCAGAAAUAUGACUCCAGGACUGCGACGCGAUGAUAUCGAACAGCAACUCAACUUUAUUAAGCGCGAAAUGGAGCUGCUGCAUGAGAUUGCCAGAGAAUUUGAAACUGAAACUGCUAGCAAAUCAACAGAUCGCUUGCCCAGAAGGCAGAGUCUGGCCAAUGAGGUUUACUGCUAAUAAAAUCAGCUGUAUUAUGUUUUGUUUUUAUUCUAGCGCUAAUCUGCAUAUUACAUACAACCACAAUAUAUAUAUAGUUCACUCUCACAUGCUGUGCAUUAUUAAAAC